CAGUCUUUUCUUCGCCCCGCCCAACAACAACAACACGUCUCUCAGCGCUGGAAGUUGCAUUUGAAGGACAUUCAACAACUUGUCAAGAUGCGGGGGUCCAGCGCAGGAAAAACGAGGACGGGGAACUGAUCGUACAUCCUGAGAGAUAUCCCCUCUUUCAACCCGUGGUUUCCUGUAGCUAUGGCGUCGAAGCUUUAGCCUUGCUAGCUCAACAAUCAUCAAGGUGGAGUGUGCAGGGGGAAGAAAGGACAGCCUGUGCCUCUUGUACUCGGACCGUUGGGGUCUCUAACGGGGAGCAAACAUGAAGUUCGCCCAGUUUCUGCUGAAAAAUGGCUCCGUUGCUGGGAUACCGAAACAAGUGGAGAGGUUUGCGAAGUUCUCCCCCUCUCCCUUGUCUAUGAAGCAGUUCAUUGACUUUGGUAAGUGUUACCCCGCAGUACUAACUUUUUUUGCUGUUGGACAUUGAACGUUACUUAAUUCUGUCCUCACAUGGCAAUUCUUUAACUCACGUUAUUGUCUUCUUGUACAGUGACAACUUGCUUGUGGUUUACAGAUUAUGAUUGCACAAAAGCAGUUACCAUUCCAGAAAACAAAACCUGCAGAUGCAUACAGAUGUUAGCAGAGGCUGCCUCAGAUUGAGCAUUAGCUAGCAUCUUUGCUUUUGCUGACUUAGUCCAUGAUAUCAAUUCUUGCAAUGACCAAUGAGAGAUAAAGCCCGUGCACGGACAUACACAACCUCUCAUGUGACUGCAAACUCAGCAUAACUGAUGCGUGAAAAUGCACGUAUUUCAGUCAUGGCUUUCCUGUCUGCACAGAAGAAACACCCGUGCAUGCCAUGUCCUUCAUAUACUGCCUACAACUCCACAUGCAGUUUUUAAAGGUCACUGUUUUUCCUGCUUUUGUCUCUCAUGUGACUUCAGGCUCUGCCAAUGCAUGUGAGAAGACGUCGUUUGUGUUUCUGCGGCAGGAGCUUCCUGUCAGACUUGCCAACAUCAUGAAAGAAAUUGAUUACCUCCCAGACAAGCUCCUCGGCACUCCAUCCCUAAAGCUGCUAACCAGCUGGUAGGAUCCAUACACCAAAGUAAUACAUAUUGAACGUUUCUGUUGUUCAGACAUGGACACAAAUUAAAUCCCAUUUUAGUUCGCUGUCUGAGAGUCCUACUGUCAUUUUUUGUGUGUUCAAGGUAAUACAAGGUUGCACAGGGACUAGUUUUUACAGUAACAGUGGAGCAUAUUGUCAAUGUGCUCAUACCAUUGUAUUUUUAGUGGUUGUGUUUUUAAAUUGCCUCCUGAAUUGCUCUAAAAAUAACUGCUUAUAGAAUUACAAAUUGUGAUAUGAUGACAACGCUGCUCCUGAGGUUAUGUGAGGUUUCGUCCCUGUCUGCUCCGUUUUAAUAUGCGCCAGAGCUCCUCCUGUCUCACUCAGCUGUUCUCUGUGCAUUCACUGGCUAGAUGCCAUUGAACUGAGAGCUAACUUAACAGUCUGAUCUUUGUUCAAAUUAGACAAGAUGAGAAAGUCAGGGGAGCCUCAUAGUUCCAGUUUUCAUGUCAAUACAUUGUGUUUAUGUAACGGGCCCUACCAGAUCAUAUAUGUACCAUAAAGAUGUGGUGUGUUUGUGGUCAUAACCUCCAGACAGUGAAGGUUGAUACCAGCAUGUUUCCAUAGCAAAACACUCAAGAUAUAAAGUUUGCAACAUGGUUAACAGCCACAUAAUCCUGUGUUUCACCACUACUUGUAGCGUAGACAGCAAAGAAUAAGUGUGAAAAUUACAGGGAGAGCUUGUUCAUCAUGUUAGGAAUACAAGUCAUGUUAACAUUAAGGUUCUUUACCCCACCCCAACACUUCCACUGUUUUUAGAAGAGCUCCAGUAAGCUCUAUAUUUGGCAAUGCACCUCCGAGGCUGUGACUUUCUCUUUCCGCCACUGCCUUGUUUCAGCAAAACAAAAAAAAAGGUCUAUCACCAUUCAGUGUCAUCGAAAAACAAGAGCCACCUCUUUAGAUUUCCUCACAAGGUUGUGAAAACAGCAGCUGCACAAUAUUUUAGUUCAAGCUGCCCACGUUGGCAUGACGAGACACUUCUGGAAGUUGGAGAUUAGAAGGUCAGUUGAGGGACAAAAGAAGGCAGGCGUGCAGCAAUCAAAGCCACAAACACUGCUGUCACCUUUCACCCAGUUUCUCUGCAGCGGCGCAGCGCGAGGGAGUGUGAUUCAAUGAGCUCAGCACUCCAGUCUUCACAUCCACUGGACUACAGAUAAAGUCUGUGAUAAAAACAGAAACUCUUAUCUAGAGCCAGGACACUGGAUUGCAGUCGUGGAAAUUCUUUAUGAUUUAUUAUGUCUCACAUAUAAGCUUAUGCAUAAAACAUACUGUAGAUAGCACCGAAUGCAAUGAUGAGAUAGAUGUGUUUAUCACUCUGUUGUAAAGUCAUAUAACUCUAUUUGAGAUGUGAUCUACUCUUUCUUUUGUGUUAAACAGGUAUUCACAGAGUUUGUUGGAGCUUGUAGAGUUCCUAGAAAAAGACCCAGAUGAUCGGGAAGUGCUGACAAGGUAAGUCAUACCGUGCACUUUCCAUUACACAUGGACAGACUGUUUGCCCUGGACUUAAAGACUUAGACUUAAAGUUAGUCUUUUUUAUGUUUGUUACCACUCCAGUCUGAUAAGUAUUUAGUAUUUUCCUGCGAAGACUAAUCCCCUAGUUCUGUUUUCAUUAACAGUUUGUUGCUAACCCCAAACUGCUAACCUAAGACUGCACCACAGUGUGACCAGAUUCUCAAGUAAACACCAACAACCUAAUGCCUACAUUCACCUGCCUUGUUGUCCAGCUUGUCUGAAGAAAAAGAAUUGGUCAGUGAUUGAUCCUAGUGUGUUCCACUUUUAUUCAGUGCAGUUUAGUGCUGGCAGAUCAGUAAUACUGAGAAAUUCUGAGAAACGAAGUCUUGUUCCCACAAAAUUGUCCACAUUUGUAGCCAGAGUGUAAAGUUACAGUAUAUCUGGUACAAGCUCUUUUUAAUGCUCCUGUGUGGAGUUUAUGGCAGGUUAUGAAACAGUCUUAAAAUAAAACUGUUGUCUCUGUAUAAACCUAGAAAGUAAGGGAGUCAGUUACAGUUAGCAAUUAGACUGACUAUAUCUUAAGUAAUAACUGUGAUGUCUUUAAUUUGCAGGUUACUGUUUGUUAGCAAGCUCCUUCAGUAGACUUCUGUCAAAUUUUGAUGGGAAAAAGUAACAGCGAGAGGUGUGUUUGACUCUUUAAAAAGAUGGAAGAGUUGUUGCUUUCUCAGAAUACACUGCAGGACCAGUUUAGAUGCAUCGCUUGUCCACAGGGGGCGCCAAAAUCCGCACAAAAGAUAAGUUCCUCACAGUUGCGUUAAAGCAGUCUGACUCGUUUAUUUUUUCUAAUUCUUUCCUGUGCACAUGAAAGUUUCCCGAUGAAGAACCUGCUGUCACUGAGCAAACACUUAAGUCAUUUGUUAGCCAAGGCUGUUCUGACAGUGUGCUCUUAACCGCACCGUCUGACACUUAGCCCAUUACAGCAGUUACAGACAUAAAUAAUAAGAGCAUAGAAAUACUCUAUUGUCUUCUUGAUGUUUUACAAUACUUUUGUAGAUCAUUUAGAGACAGAAGUGUCAACUUUUUAUUUGUUUUAUAACCAGCAAAAAACUCCUUAUGGUAGCUUUAAACAUGGUUUCUAUAAAUCGAAAUUUCCCAUUAAUUACUAUUGAGAUAUACACACUGCAGCCACCAUUGGACAUGCUAGCACAGUAUACACACAUUUCUACCUGGGGGAGGUACUCCAAAGCAGGAUUUGCUGUUAUCAGGUAACUAUAGGGUUAACCCUGGGUUUACAGGUUGGACCAUUUGAUAACUUAUGCUGAACUCUUGACCUGCCCCAGCAUAGGUUAUGUUCAGGAUAAGAGAUCAGUUUGACCAAUCAGCUUGCCUAAUUGUGGAGCUCACUUUGUCACCCAUAUGAUUCUGUGUAUGAAAGUAUGAGUAAAAGUUCCAAGUUGUGUUUUCCUGACAUCAAUCUUCAACAAAGACUAGAUAAUCCAACAUCAGAAAUGUCAGAUACUAAAUACUGCAUUCUUGUCUCUUUUAUUUAGGUCUUGUUCAUUUCUAUCAUCUCCAUGCCACUCCCUUUGAUAUCACUGAGGCUGCAGCUUGAAUAUUGUGACUAAAACUGUCAUACAAAAAUAAAUAGAGCAACAAAAACGUUUCAGGGAGUGAACAAGAGUUAUUGACGUCAGAUCUUUUGUCCACUGAUGACUAGAAAGUGAUAUUAUAAGUCUUAACUUGUGCAUUCACUCUUUGUUUCUUAUCUGCCAGUUCUUCCAUUAUUUGCAAAUGCAGCUGAAUGCAGUCGUUUUUAGUCUGGAUGAUGUCCUUAUGAACUUUAUACUUCUUUGAAAACAUAGUUAUUCUUUGUUAAAUAAUAGCUUGACCUGCUGAUGAUAAUAUGUUGGGUUAGUGAAGCCAGAUAACCAAAGGCUACGGGGGGAUGUGUUGAACUUUCUUCAGCCCUCCGUUCAGACCCUUAGACGAUAAGUCCGUAAUAAUAAAUUAUGAGUAAUUUACAAGUAUAAUAUAUUUAAGUUUUAUAGAGGGAGGGGUUGUUUCUUUUUGUAGCCCUGCUGUCAUGCAAAAGCAGUCAUGUGCUAUCAUCAGCAGGCAUGUGCUCCUGCUGCCACAUAUGCCGAUGCGUACAACAUCCCCUCUUACACUCAUCACCUCUUCCAUAGCUUCACCAAGACUCUGGUGAAUGUCCGCAACCGACACAACAACGUGGUACCCACCAUGGCCCAGGGCGUGGUGGAGUACAAGGAAGCCUUCGGUGUGGACCCCGUCACCAACCAGAACGUCCAGUACUUCCUGGAUCGCUUCUACAUGAGCCGCAUCUCCACCCGCAUGCUCAUGAACCAGCACAGUCAGUAUAGCACUCUGUGAUUGACUGUGAGUUAAUCAACACAGUUCCUCAUGCACAAAGUUUGUGAGCUCAAAGUGCUGAUGAAGCACAUUUUUUGUACUUUAUCGUCUGAAUGUGUCUGUCUUAGUGGAGUGAACUCACUGACUUUGGUAUCUCCUUUCUAUUUGAUUGAAUAUUAACAAACAUGCAGCUUCUUAUUAUGUCCUCUUGUGUGUAUGUUCAAGAUAAGAUAUACACCUUUGUUGUGCACUUUAGCAUUAAUCUUUGACGGCAGCGUGAACCCAGCCCAUCCCAAACACAUCGGCAGCAUUGACCCCAGCUGUGACGUGGUGGAGGUCGUAAAAGGUAAUGACUGAUCUUCCCACGCACACACAUAAACAAACACUGUCUGUUUGGACAGAUUCAUGACUGUUUGACCUUUUAUAAUGUGGUGGUUUUAGAGUCAGCACACAAGAAUGGGAAGUAAAAACAUUUCAUCAUGGCUGUUAUGGACCUUCCUCAUAAACAUUGCAUAAAUGUCAGAAAACACUCUAUUUCCCGUGUUGCUCUCCAUUCAGCAUGUGUGGUAUUCUUUUUGGUUAAUAUUUACCAUGCAAAAGAGUAACCACAGAUGACCUCCCUUUUUGUUGCACCUUAUAGAUGCCUAUGAGACUUCAAAAAUGCUGUGCGAGCAAUAUUACCUAACCUCUCCUGAUAUGGAAAUCACAGAAGUCAAUGGUAAGUCGUGCAAAACAGCUGUAAUGUUUCUAUUUAGGGAGGUUUUUGAUCUUUAUGAAUUACCCUAAUAUUACCUAUCCAUUUGAACCAUAUAUAGAGUCGGAGAAUGUGACAAAUCAAAUAAAACGUUCCAGGAAAAAACAGAUUUUCUAAAGACUUGCUCUAAUCUUUGAGUUUAUGCAACAACUGUUAUUGUCCCUCAGAGGAGAGUUGAAAAUUGAGUGUUUGUCUAAGAUGAUUACCUUCAUCGAUCUAACUUUCAAUCAGGGUUUAAUGCUCAUAGAUGUCUUUAUUUUCACAGCUAAAACCCCCAACCAACCACUCCAUAUUGUCUAUGUGCCAUCUCAUCUCUACCAUAUGCUGUUUGAGCUUUUUAAGGUACGGUACCAAACAGACUGUAAAAUUUGAUGCACGUGUUAUUUCACUUCUUGUCUAAAAAUCUGCUGUGCGUUUUCUCUGUCAGAACGCCAUGAGAGCGACAGUAGAAACCCAUGAGACCAGCCCAACGUUGCCCCCGGUCAAAGUGCGAGUGUCACUAGGCAGUGAGGACCUCACUAUCAAAGUAUAUAAAGAGAGUUAAAGCUGAACUUAGGCCUGUUUACAGAGCAAUGAAAGGACGACUGUUAAUCUAACAUAUCUGUCUUUUAUUAUUAUUAGAUGUCUGACAGAGGAGGUGGAGUCCCCAUGAGGAAGAUCGAGCGUCUCUUCAGCUACAUGUACUCCACAGCUCCCAGUCCAGUCCAUGAUAACUCCAGAAAUGCGCCGCUGGUGAGACUUAACCUGUUGCACCUCACCCCCUCAGGCCUUUGGUGGUGCUUAGAUUUAACAUGUUUGCUUUAGUGUUUUAAACAUGAGCAGCUGCUCAGUAUUAUGUCCCUGUGCUGUUACAAACUGAAGUUAAAAGUCAACUAGAUAAAAAACUGCCCCGUGUUAAACAGAGACUCACACUGCAGAGCAUGGUUGCAAAUUAUCUUAUUACAAAGAGGAAUGCAGUCAGCAGCAGGCUGUUGGGUUUAACUGUAACCACAUGAGGAACUGAAGCAAAUCACGUGUAUUUUCCACUUCAUGUUGACAGUGUUGUAGCUUAUUAGUUACUGGUUUGAUGCUAUAAUCAUGUUAUUUUCUCCUUUACCCACCCUCUUCCUUCAGGCUGGUUUUGGGUAUGGCCUUCCAAUUUCCCGUCUCUAUGCUAAGUAUUUCCAAGGGGACCUGCAGCUCUACUCUAUGGAGGGUUAUGGCACCUCAGCUGUUAUAUACUUAAAGGUAAGAACAGCAACUCUGAUCAUGACAAAAAACGGACUAAAAGACAAAUCAAACUCCAAAUAAACCAAAUGAUACAGUAUGAUAGAAUAGAACAGGCUACGAUACGAUAUGCUAUUGCACCAAAUGAUUCCACCAUAUGAAUCUCUCUUCUUUUUUUUCCCUUGAAUCACAAAAAAACAAUUAAAUAAGUGUGAAGUGUCUUGUCUCUACAACUAUCGUUGCUGCAGCAACAAUCCAUUUAACUCAUUUACAUUAAACUGUCUUGAUUUUAAUUUUGUUCAGCAAUAUGCAUUUUCUGUUCAGCUGUGUAGCUCUUAUAGUAUCAUCAGGUUUUUGCCAUGUCCAGUUUGCAGUCCUAUUAGCUACCUGUGCAGUGGUUGAGUUCAGCCCGGGGUAGUGUUGUGGCAGCACUAGCAGUCACAGUACUAUGACAAAGCUUUAGCUAAUGCUGCGUUCCAGUUACCUCGAAAGUCGGAUGUCGGAGCUGGGAAUGACGUUACACCCGAAUUGAUGGCAUUCCAGUUAACAAGUCAGAAAACCAAGAUGGACGCCCACUGUUAGCCGUUGUUAGCUGUUGUUUACAAUUGUCAGCUGUCGCUAGCCGUUGUCGGUUGUUGUUAGCUAUACCAGUUGUAAACAAUGCCUAACACAGUAUUUUACUCUUAUAAACACCAAAGCACCGUGUUCACAGUUAGACGUUGGGCAGUACAACAUACACCACUUAUUUAAUUUCACAAAAACAAAACAGCAGUGUGAAUAAAUAAUACAUUACGAGAGCUUUCACUGUUACUCUUUACUGUUGAUGUACUGCACUGCCAUCUUGGAUUAUGACGUUGUCAAUAAGUCGAGGUUGGUGAGGAUCAUCCGACUUUACGAGUUGUAAACCUGACUUCAGGAUGAAUUUUCGACUCGAAGCGCAGCAUUAUACACAGCACUAGCUGAGGUAAAAUAGCAAAGCAUACUCUGAUUCCUCUCUCUGCCUUUUAAACUGGUAUACUGGUUUUACUUUAGGAUGCAGCCCAUAUUUAACAUCAACUAUAUGUUCUGGAUUUGCUUAAGUAUGGCAGACCUGGUGUGUCUCUACCUCAGCAGUGAACAGAGUUUUAAUCAAGCUCAGGACUCUGUAUGAAAUCCCAAUAGGAACCAACCUGGAUCUAACCAGUUCUCCUCUGUUCUGCAUCAAAGGCUUUGUCAUCAGAAUCAGUGGAGAGACUUCCUGUUUUCAACAAGUCAGCAUUACGCCACUACCAGUCGACCACAGAGGCGGACGACUGGUGCAUGCCAAGCAGGGAUCCAAAGAAGCUGGGCAAGUAUGAGAGGUGAUGGUGGACUGGGAGAGAAAGCCAGUGAAGAGAAGAACAAAAGGAUUGAGAGGAGGAAGAUGGUCCAAGCUGGGAGACUUUCAGGAGAAGAGGGCACUUAAUGAUUUCAGCUCAAUGCUGGACAUGGACCUAUGUAUGUCUCAUAGAUUCCUGCUUUGAAAUGACUGAUCCGGACCAUUACUGCCAGCCUACAGGCCACCUAACCCAGGAAAUACUCACCGCUUUAAUACCAUUUUUCCAUGAUGAUUUCAAGGUGCUAAUGCUUAUGAAAGGAGUUUUAAUCUCUGUCUGCCUCUCUCACUUUACACUCACUCUGGAGCUGCUCAGUUUUGAUAUCAGGGUUUCACCUAAAGGAGGAUGAUAACGGUCUGUUUUAGCUGUGUCAUGUCCUUUAUUUUCUUUUAUACUCUUCAUUUCACUGUCUCAGUUAUAAAACUGGUUAAUUAUGAUACUGGGUUAGGUUUUGUUUUUGCAUUUUAGCUUCACAGACAGGGCAGCUAAAGCCAGUCCACAAUGUUUGUGUCUACGUUUGAGACCAUUGCUUCUCCCUCAUUCAUACCACUUGCGCAUUUCAGUGCAGUUCUUGCAAAGCAGCUGCACCCGAAGGAACAAUUCGUGCAGGUUUGCAGUGUUUAAUAUACAAGUAUUUGGAUUAUGGUGACAUGAAUGCAAGAUCAAAUCUGUGUUAAGUCUUUUAACCUCUCUGUUGGGACACAUAAACAAACUCUAAUGCUUCUGAAAGAGGGUUCUGCAUGUCUCCUGUGUGCCUUAACCUUCAACACGUGUAAGGUAAAAUCAUUUUUAAAAUACGAUCAUUUCAAAACGUGUAGAAAAAUAUUGGCAUGCUGUGGACUUCACUAGAUCAAAAUGAGACGUGCCUUUCUGAAGAAAGUUAAAUAUUUAAAACUAGUAUUAAAACAUAUUUGAAGCCAUUACAUUAAUGUAUUUUAAUUGUAACAACUCCUCAGCUAACCUCAACGUUCCCUAUGUUGAAACUGAUUUGAUUUAAAGAGUAGCAAGAACAAUAAAACACUCUUUGUGAGUGUUUUCCAAGAAAAAUGUUGGUUUAUAUUUAUGCAUGUGUUGUAUAUCAGGUGUUGAAAAGUGUGAGAUGUCACACUGCGAUAAAACACCAGAAGCAGACAAAGCCAUACGCACGCUGUGUUGAUCAAUGUUGACUUUUGUGUAUCUGAAUAUUUUAUUCAUUAUGUCAUCGGCGUUUGCCUUGUCGAUAUAAAAAAAAUUAACUCCCUCAUUUUAGACUUUCAUGGUUUGUGAACUGUCUCUAACUUGUUGGCAUUUUUUAUGUAUAAACUCCACUUGCAGUUGUUGAGUGUUAUUGUACUAAAGCUGUGGUUCACCACUGAAAAGACCAGGGAAUGUAGAAAAUAAACACGUCAAAACUUUUCA